AUGACUCUCAUAAUUUCUGCGGUGAUCUACACCUAUUUUCGCCUCCGCUAUGCGUCACCCCCUCUUCCUCCUGGACCUCGACCGCUUCCUUUACUUGGCAAUUUCCUAUCCAUGCCUUCGCGACUGGAUUGGCUAACGUACAUGCAAUGGGCAAAACAGUAUCACACUGACGUUCUGUACUUGAAUGUCUUUGGCCAAUCAAUGCUCGUGGUGGAUACGUACGACGCAUGCACAGAGCUACUGGAGAAGCGGUCUGCCCUAUACUCUGAUCGGUUCCUCACCAUGGUUGAGCUGAUGGGUUGGGACUUCAGCGUCGCAUUGAUGCCUUACGCACGUGAUAGGCGCCGCUGUCGCCGCCUUCUGCAAGAGUACAUUGGGCACCAGCCGGCCGCGAACGCUCAAAUCCAUUCACAAGUCGCUCGCAGCGUUCGCACUUUCCUACGUCGAAUGCUGCAUGCAAAAUCUGAUGGGCUAAAGGCGGAACUUCACUACAUGGUCGGAAGGGUCAUUCUCGAAACCACGUACGGUAUCGUACCCAAGCCGGCAAACGAUCCAUACAUCACUGUCGGUGACGCCGCCGCAAAUUCGCUUGUCCGCGCUACACAGCCAGGCGCCUAUCUUGUCAACAUAUUUCCAGCACUUAAGCACCUUCCAGAAUGGUUUCCAGGAGCUGGGUUUAAGUGCCAGGCCCACGAGUGGCGUAACCUUGCCCGAGCAUUAGUUCAGAACCCGUUUACACAUGUGAAGGCCAAGAUCGCCCGAGGAACCGCUCCCCCGUCGUUGGCUACAAACGCAUUAUCCAAGGCAACGGCGGCCGAGGAAGGCGACAUACGAGAUACUCUAGCGACUCUAUAUGGCGCCGGAUUAGACACGACUGUCAAUGCUCUGCUGUUCUUCUUCCGCACUAUCCUGGACCAUCCGGACGUGCAGGCGCGCGUUGUAGCAGAACUGCAGAACGCGCUCGCGCCUGGGCAACUGCCAACACUAGACAACGAACAACGUUUGCCCUAUACGACUGCUGUUGUCCUCGAAAGCCUGAGAUAUCGACCUAUCGCGCCGCAGGGCUUUCCGCAUUUAUACACGGGAGCGGAAGCUGACCUGUAUAAUGGAUACACAAUACCCAAAGGCACUAUCGUCAUGCGGUACGUCUGGUGUACCACUUAUCCCGAUCCUGACUCUUUCAAGCCCGAACGCUUCCUGACCGCUAGCGGGGCGCUCGACCCAACUGUACGAAACCCGCGUGAUAUAGUAUUCGGGUUCGGUCGGCGGGUGUGCCCAGGUGUCCAUCUGGCGUACACGACAUUGUGGCUGACCGUAGCCUGCACGCUUCGCAUGUACACUAUCAGCAAGACGAAGCGACCAGAUUGCAGUGUGAUUGAGCCGUCAUCAGACAUAGUAUCGUUGGGCGUUAUUAUGUACGUUGCUCUCGCGCGAAGGGAGCAGACGAGCUCAUGA